AUGGGAAGCCCCUUUCGAGCGUCUGACCUGCAUGACGCAGGCUUCACAUCUGAUGUGGUCCGAUUCUUUAAGCGCAUCCCCUCAGACUACUUGCCGUCAGCUGGUCCUUGUGCUGACCCUGGGGUACCUGUGCCAUCGGGCUUGUGGAGCAUGUGUCUGUCAGCACCUCGAAGACCAGUUUGGGCCUCUCCACCAGGAAGUCUUCAGCACCCUCCUUGCGAUGGUGACGUUGCCAGCUGCACGGUGCAUGCGCCGCUAAGCCUGGGCAAUGGGACAAAGGCCUUUGUGGGGCAACCGCUUUGGUUUGGCAUCUUCGUCACGAAUCCCUACUACAUGCCUUUUGACAACACGUGGCUUCUGGCAGUUCUUGGAGAUCGAGGAGAAGCCGAAGAGGAGCUUUCGGAUCUCGAGGGCGCUAAGCUCUUGGAUUUGGCUGGCUUGGAUGGCUAUCAGCUUCUGAAAGGUGUGGGCUAAGCUGUGCAGACCUCGACAAGCACUUCAGAGCUGAGCCUCUUCAUCUAGGUCUUGAAGGACACUCCUGAGCUUCUUCAGAUUGGGUUCGGAGGGUCAACGACAUGAAGGGCAUGCAACUGGUUGAGACUUGGAACAUGCAAUGGUAUUUGUGUCUGCUUGCACACAUACGGUCACAUCGUCUUUGCGUUUUGAACAAUAUUACUUACAUUAUUA